AUGCUUGAGAGACAUAUCUUCUCUACAUUUUGUGUUUUUUGUCCUGACAGGGAGCACCGGUGCCGGGCGAGCGGGUGUGGUCCGCUCGGAGGAGGCGCGGCGGGGGCCGGCGCCACGCUGCUGGCGACGCGCGCUCAACGUAGACCCGCCCUGGCUGCGGCACGCGCCCACCCGCUGACACUACCACCGCACACGCACGUGAGUCUAUACCCAACACCCGUACACACACACACACACACACACACACACACAUACACACACACGACGCGCGCUCAACGUAGACCCGCCCUGGCUGCGGCACGCGCCCACCCGCUGACACUACCACCGCACACGCACGUGAGUCUAUACCCCACACCCACCCGCCCUGGCUGCGGCACGCGCCCACCCGCUGACACUACCACCGCACACGCACACACACACACACACACACACACACACACACACACACGACGCGCGCUCAACGUAGACCCGCCCUGGCUGCGGCACGCGCCCACUCGCUGACACUACCACCGCACACGCACGUGAGUCUAUACCCAACACCCACCCGCCCUGGCUGCGGCACGCGCCCACCGGCUGACACUACCACCGCACACGCACGUGAGUCUAUACGCCACACCCGUACACAAAAACUGCGACACGUACGGACAAGUUUUUUAGCCAGGAGUAAUGCAGCGGCAAGGUUAAAUUAUGACUUCUGUCUCCUUUUCCUACCCAUCCACUUAGAUAACUUCGAUUCAGUUCUUAACUCAACCUACACUCGAAACCUUCAAUGAGCUUCUUCUGAUAUCCGUCUGUGUAGAAUAGGGUCUGAGAGGGCAGAGUCCUUACGACUUUCCACACAACUUCCUUACAAAACGCCAGUUGACCCCCCGCAUACGCCACCAUCGCACGGGGGAGCGAACCCAUCUGAUCCGCAGUCCAACAUUCCCAGCAGGGCAAACGAAAAUGAUUGUAUCGGAGGAGCAGCGCAUCCGCGUGAUGGAGGGCGAUUGGAGCCCCCUGUCUGUGGGGCGGCACAUCGUCGACGGGGGCCUGCAGGAGGACCCCUUCUACGUGAUGGAUGUCGGGGAAGUGGUCGCCCGCUACCACACCUGGCGCGAGCUGAUGCCGCGCGUCGAGCCAUUCUAUGCGGUGAAAUGCAACGACGACAAGUUGCUAGUGUCGACGCUGGCAGCGCUGGGGACCGGUUUCGACUGCGCUUCCAAGGCGGAAAUCGAACUGGUGACCAGCAUCGGGGUGCGCCCUGAGCGCAUUAUAUUCGCGAACCCGGCAAAGAUGGCCUCCCACAUCAAGUACUCGGCGCGCGUGGGAGUCGACACCAUGACCUUCGACUCGGAGACUGAGCUCAUGAAGAUCAAACAGCACAUGCCGCGUGCCCAACUGGUGGUCCGCAUCCGUUGCGACGCGGCGGCAGCUCAGUGCCCGCUCGGCAUCAAGUUCGGGUGCGACCCCGUCACUGAAGCGCCGCGCCUCUUGAAACUGGCCGCAGUAUUGGGGCUGGAGGUGAUCGGCGUUUCGUUCCACGUGGGCUCUGGCACUCAGGAGACGGGCGUGUACCUGCGCGCGAUCCAAUAUUCGCGAGCGUUGUUCUCGCUCGCUGCGAACGUUGGCCACGCGAACAUGCGUCUGUUAGACAUCGGCGGGGGAUUCCCCGGAUCGCUGCACUCUGAUAUACGCGAGGUGUCGCAAGUAAUAAACGGCGCAUUGGACACGUACUUCAGCGAUCGCUCUGUCCGAGUGAUCGCGGAGCCGGGCAGAUACUUCGCAGCCGCCGCCUAUACACUUUUCGCUAUGGUGCACGCCACUAGAGAGGUCUCUCAGAAGGACGAGGAAGGCAUCGAGCAAAGCCACACGAUGUACUUCAUCAACGACGGUGUCUAUGGCUCCUUCAACUGUGUGCUCUAUGACCAUCAGCACGUGGUCGCAGAGACUAUAGAGCCUAAAUGCGAGAAGCCUCAGCCGUGUUCCGUAUGGGGCCCCAGUUGCGACGGAUUGGACUGCGUUUUGCCGAACACUUUCCUACCGCCUCUGAUUACCGGCGAGUGGCUCAUGUUCCGAGACAUGGGGGCUUACACUCUGCCCGUCGCUUCCGCCUUCAACGGGUUCCCGGUGCCUAAAGUGCGAGCUGUCAUUGAUUCUAGCGUUUGGUCUGCAUUGAAAGAUCUAUGGCCUCUCAGCGAGUCUCACUUCUGUCGCGGCGACCCGAUGACUGGCCCGCAGACCGUCGACCAGUCGAUGUUGCCGUCUCUCUCCGACACUCCAUCGCCGUCUCCCUCCCACUCGCCCGCGCCAGUAUUCGUCGAAUGCGCCCUCAAGUGA